AUCCUGCCUCGGACGGGGUUGGACUAGAUGACCUCUGGAGGUCCCUUCCAGGUCUGGUGGUGUAGCUCUGCUAGGAGGUUAGACGCUGGUUUGGAUAGGGACGAUCCUAUCCCAAGCAGGGGCUGGAGUAGAUGACUUCUCGAGGUCCUUCCAGCUUUGUGUGAUCUUUCCAUGCUACUUGCACAGCCGCCUUGUACGCUGGCGGGAUUGCAGGAGUGUGCGUGGAUCUGAUAUUAUUCCCUCUGGAUACCAUAAAAACCAGACUGCAGAGUCCCCAGGGCUUCAAGAAGGCUGGCGGCUUUCAUGGCAUCUACGCUGGGGUCCCUUCUGCUGCUGUUGGAUCCUUCCCAAAUGCUGCUGCAUUUUUUGCCACCUACGAAUACGUGAAAUAUGCACUCCACAGUGACUCCUCUUCCCAGUACCUGGCUCCGGUGACACACAUGGUGGCUGCCUCCUUUGGAGAAGUGGUCGCCUGUCUAAUACGGGUUCCUUCCGAAGUGGUAAAGCAGAGGGCUCAAGUUUCGCCUUCAUCCAGCACCUUUCAAGUGCUUUCCAACACUUUAUAUCAAGAGGGUAUUCGAGGACUUUAUCGGGGCUAUAAAAGCACAGUAUUAAGAGAGAUUCCCUUCUCUCUGGUGCAGUUUCCCAUUUGGGAAUCUUUAAAGGAUCUCUGGUCGUGGAAGCAGGGUCACGUGGUCGAUUCUUGGCAGUCGGCGGUUUGUGGAGCUUUUGCAGGUGGGUUUGCAGCUGCAGUCACCACGCCUCUCGAUGUAGCCAAGACAAGAAUUAUGCUGGCAAAGGCCGGUUCCAGCAACGCCAGAGGGAACGUGCUGUCUGCUCUGUUCGAGGUCUGGAAGAAGAACGGCAUAUCUGGCUUGUUUGCAGGUGUCAUCCCUCGAAUGACAGCCAUCAGCCUGGGAGGCUUCAUCUUCCUCGGGACGUACGACAAGGCACGCAGCUUGCUGCUCUGAGCGGGCCCGGAGAUGCCCGGGAUCCAGCGUGAGGAUCCACCGAUCUGCUUUCAGCAAAGAGGCCUUGUACAAACAAUCCUCCAUCCCAGGCUGCUUGAUGUGUCCCAGCAGCUGCUCCACCACCCCAACAAUAUUUCCUCUCGCGUGGGAGGGAACCCAACAAAAACCCUUCAAUAAUCCAAUUUCCCUAACUUGAAAUGUCCCUGCCGUGAAAACAGUGAAGUCAUCACAAAACCGUGCCAAAAAAGUAACGUUAUGGGGGAGUAAACAACUAAUUACCUUGGCUGCAAAAGCCAUUAUUAGGGCUCACACAGGGAAAAUGUUUCGCUAACCACAAGAGCGCGGCUGCGAGAGGAUAAAACCAGGUCUCAUUACUGGCCGAGACCUGGUUCAGCCCGUUGGUGCGGGUUUUGUGCCCCAGGACGAGCGAACAGAGCUGCAGCUGGUGCACUUGCAAGGCCUGGCGCAGUGAUCGUCUUAGGAUUUGCUCGUUUCUGAUUUGAAACGUUCAGUCGCUGUCUGUCCCUCCAGGUGCACAUAGCUGCUCUCUUGCGUGGCAACCAGGGCAUUAGACUCAUUAAACUCACACUUCUCCAGCAAAGGCUGUGGUUGUAUUAUUUUACAGCUAGCCCUGUUCAACAGUGCUUUCUAGGAAAAGACCUGCAGCACUCCCCCCUUUUUUUGCCUGCCUUUCCCUUAGCAGCGCAGGGCAAAUUUGGAUUUUAAACCCCGGAUUGGGACACCACCGCAGAGAAACCGGGACUCUGUGAAAAGGCAGGUGGACCCAAAUGGGGUGUUGCUGGCCUCUUUGCUAAGGACCCCGGUGUGGGUCUGUUAUGGGAAAGCAGCCCUUGUUGCCACCAGCUAGUGGAUCACCUGGGCAGAUGGCAUGGGACUCUGAAAUCCUUGGCACAAAGACAUCAUUUCUGUUCAAUCAAUAGCAUUUUCACACCGCGAUUUUUGUGUCAGCUGGUUGGGCUCUGCGAGGCCCUCAUAAAAUGCAUGACGUGGCCUCCACUUGGUGUGGCACAAGGCAGGGUGCUGGGGCUGCUCAGCACCAGGUAGUUUACCCCACUUUGGCAACGGGGGCGGGGUGGCAGCUCCCUUGCACAAAAGUGCUUUGUGUGUGCACCAGGGUCGUCCCAGUGGGAGUUAGGGCAGGAUGUGAACACGCAGCUUAUACUGGGCAUGGGCUUCCCCAGGCAGAGCAGCUAGUGCCUUGCAACGUGAAAAUGUAUUUCCAUCAAAUGCAGGUAUUUCCACAGCAUGGUUUUGCAGGAAGAUGCCUACUUGGUAUGGAGCCUGCAAGUAAUGAGCAGGUAUCCCAUGCAGUGCAUGGACAGGGGAGAGUACCCAAGCAGCCAGCUCAAGAGGGAGAGGCAGCACGGGUCACAGGGGAGUCAUCUCUUCUUCCCCCUGCCCCGUCUAAAUGUGAAGAGUAAAUCUGUAGAGCUAGAUUAUUAAAGCCUUGAUGGUCUACUGAGCUGUGUCAUCUGAGCACCACGAACCUGCCGCCUGCAUGAAGGCAAACUGAUCCUGAAACGAAUCUCAGAUUAAAACUGGAAUUGCAACCAGCCCCAAAUGCUGUGAUUAUGUGACCAGACAUCAGGCUUCUUCUUUUUUUAGCGGAGUUGCACCAAUGCACUUUGUGGUGGGAUAAGAAAUGGCUAUUAUUGAACCUGACGGAUGGUAACAAGCACAGGGCCCUACCCUCCAUUUAUCAGGUAGCCACGUAUUUUUAGAACAGCCUUCUUGGCUAAAGGCCUCUCACUCCCUUCAGGGACUGGGUGGCUCUGUGACAAGUCACUGGGGCCAGAGACUCUUAGUCCAGCAUUGGAGGGGGUCUCCAUCCAGCCACUCUGCGGUCACACACAUCUUACUCUUACGAUGGUUUGCUCUCCCAGGAAGUCCUCUCCCUGUACGUAUCUUCUGUAUAAAACAGGUUAGGGAAGCUCAGAAUGGGUUUGUUUGUGAUCCCUUAAUUAUCAGCCCAUGUUUUCACUGUUCCUUGUGGAUCCCCCCCUUUACUGUUAACCCAUGUUUAAUGUGACCCCUUAACUGAACCCAUGCCUUUACCGUGCUAAUGCAAAAGAGGUCUGCACAGAGCAAUGCUGACUCACCUGUGCCUAUAGGUAAUGCUGACUCACCUGUGCCUAGGUAAUGCUGCUGACUCUCCUCCCGCCUGCAAAGGCAGGUGACGGGGGUACUUUGUGGGCCCAGAGGGUCUACCUUACUUGAUCUGGCACAGGUGAAACUUUCACUUCUAGAAUGAGGAAAAGGGAUCUAAUGGGUCUUCCUAAAAAUGAAACCUUCAGUGGUAGCCCACGCAAAAAACUCUCUGAGCUUCAACAAGAUGGGAAGAUUAGUAUUAUUCCAAAACUGGACUCAUUUGGGCAAAAAAACCCAAAAAUAGUAGCUUGACCCCAGACAUGAAGUUUCUAAAGGAGCCGUUUUGGCUCAGAAUAAUGUGUUAUCUCCUCAAAUUCACUUUAUUUGCAGGAAACAUGGAUUUCUUAGGGUGAUAUCUUUUAUUGGGCUCACUGCCUAGUUAACUUGGAAGAUAAUGAAAUCUGCUGCUUAUACGAGAAAAUCCAUAAGCUAUAGAAAAAAAAGACUACACAGUGAUGUCUUCCUAAGCCUGUGCAAGAAACAUAACAUCAUCCCAGGGGGACUCGUCAUCUCCAGCCCUUCAGCUAACACACAACUAUAUACGCAAGAAAGCUUUGGAAGUUGAUGUUAGGUGGUCCAGUAAAAGAUGUCUGAAGACAUCCUGGCCUCUCGCAUAAUUUCUGGCCCAUCACAGCUGCAUCAUCACUCUUACACUACCACUUCAGUUGUGGGGCAGAAACACUGUAGUUUUUGGUACGCACAGAGAUAAAAUCCCUGCUCUCCAUGCAACACUUGGCUCAGCUUUACCUCUGUUGCUGCACCCAACAUCUCUACCAUGGGCAGCGAUGCAGUGUAACUGCCCACGCACAGUAUUGGUGUUCAAAGUUGUCCUCGACCGACUCUGUUCCCUACUGACCUCGUUUUUCUUUCGUGCACCCAUCUGCUGACUGUGGCCAGCCAAUUGAGCAAUUGAUGGAUUAGACAUUUCAAAUAAAACCUUUACUGUACCAUCUCAAUACGAUCCUGAGCUCUCCCACUCCACAUGCUAUUGCUGGUACCUCUUUUGGUUCAUCAUACAGAAUUACAUCUCUUGGGUUUAACCCAAUAAGCUGGGUGUUUUUUGAUGAAGUUAUUUCCUAAUCCUUUGGAUGCAUUUGCAGUAGAAACGAGCAGAAAAGAGGGUAGCGACUGGUUAGACUCUUUAUUUAUUGAUUUUUUUUUUUUUCAACCGGAUCUCUCCAAAGCUCACUCUCAACAAGAACAGAAAAGCUGUAAUAUUAUAAAUGAACCUUUAUUAAAGACACUUCAAUGCCAUUUGUUAGACACUUCAAUAUUUUACAUGUUUUUCAAUGUACAACAUUGUACCAAAUGGUUUUUUUUCUAAUAAAUAAAUAACUUUGUACACAAAAGUAAUACUUCCUCUUUCACAUUGCCUCUCAGAAGCAGCAGAUUCACAUAUUUAGUGGAAGUAAUAACAUUAAACAGUUAACGUUAUCAAAAAAUACAUUAUUCUCCAAUGUUAUUGUGGCAAAUGUGCUUAAACGCUUGCAAUGGUGAUGACGUUUCUGCCAGCAAAGUUAGUUAGUUAAAUCUUUCCCAUGCUGCGUGGGGAUAUCCCAGUAACGUUCGCUGCUACUUUCACCAUUCGAGUUAGUUCUAAAAGCAUAUUUUUCUUUGCUUGGGAGGAAAAAUACGCUGGGUUUAUUGAUUGGUUUUUUUUUUUUCUAUUAUCCAUCUCUGAGACAAUGAAUAACGAGAAGUUGGCACUCAACAUAAUUAGCUACCUGCCCCAAAGUGCAUAUGGGUCUACAGUUAGGAACUGAUACAGACAGGCAGCUGGCUUAAUUAUGCCUUGCUUCAUAAAGGCCAGUCAAGUCAUUUACAGUGAAACUUAUCUUUGCCGUCACUCCAGACACAGAUCUGUUUGGGGAGGAGGUCGGCAUCUAAGGAAGGCAGAAUAGUUUGGUCGUCACUUGGGACAGCAUGGACAGACGUCUUGGGCCCGGGCUCUAACGCAUGUGCUGAAGUCCCAUUGAUUUAACAGGUCUUUGGCACAGGCUAUAAGCCUUUCCUGAAUGCAGACUGAAGUGAUCUCCCUGCUCUGACUGCUAUCGAUGCCUUCUGUGACCUACUAAGCUGGCAUAAGUGGCACGCUCGUUGGAUCUUGUUCCAACGAAACGGCCAUUGAGUUGCUUCUAAGAAAACAAAAAAAAAAGAAAGUAAAAACGACCCCCCCAAACAAGCUCUCCCAAGAGUAGUCAUCACCAAAACGUAGCAGUCUUGUAUGAGCAGAACUCCAUUACAAGUAACUGGAAAAAAAAAA